UUAUGUUGCGAUUAAAUUAAAACAUGUGCAAAUGGAAAAAGCAGAUGGAUUAUUAGUUUACUGUACACAUCCUUAAAUUUGCAAACAUGAAAAACAAAGCUUUUUAAAUACAUUGUAAAUGGUUUGAAUGAUGUUAAUACUAGGCAAAAUGUAUGCUUUUAAUAUUGUGUUAGUGCUGGCACUAUGUGGAUUACUACAUACUACUACUUCUUCCAGAGUAUUAGAACUAAGCGAUAGAUUUGUAGACCUUCGUAACGAUGGCCAGUGGUUAGUUAUGUUUUACGCUCCAUGGUGUGCCCAUUGCAAACGACUGGAACCAGUUUGGGCUCAUGUUGCACAAGCCUUGCACCAUACUACUAUAAGAGUCGGCAGAUUGGAUUGUACCAGAUACACACAUAUUGCAACUAAAUUUAAAGUGCAAGGGUUUCCGACUAUCAUGUUCUUGAAAGGCGAACAAGAUCACAUUUACCAUGGAGACAGAACAAAAGAGGAACUCUUAGCAUUUGCUCAUAGAAUGAAGGGUCCCCCUGUACAAGUAAUUCCAAGACACGAAGUAUUAACUAAUUUGAAAAAUUCUGUCAAUGUUUUCUUUGUAUAUGUUGGAAAACAAAAUGGAGCCUUAUGGAAAUCAUUCCAUUCGAUAUCUGAGGUGUUCCAACCGCAUUGCUUUUUUUACGCUGCAUCUCAUGAAGUUUCAAAAGAACACUUUCCGUUAAUUGAAGACCACGCACCAACAGUGUUUGUAAUAAAGGAAAAGGAUCACUACAAAUUUACAUGUAAUUUGCCAUAUUAUUUCAUUUCAUUAUAUUUCAGGACUAAUAUUCUACUUUUUCCAGAUGACUCUUUCAGCAGCUCAAUACUCAAUGAGACUCUGUAUCAAUGGGUGAAUGAAGAGAGAUUUGGAACAUUCCCGAAGGUCACUCGAGGUAACAUCAAUCAAAUAUUACAAACCAAAAAGUACAUCGUACUUGCGGUUGUUGAAGAGAACAAAUUGAAUGAAAUUGAGGCCAAUCAGUUGGAGUUCCGUGAUAUGGUUGAAUCUGUGAUAAGGCAACGUCGCGAACAAUUCCAUUCCACUUUCCAAUUUGGAUGGAUUGGGUCUCCAGAGUUGGCCAAUUCAAUAGCCAUGAGCGAUCUGCCAGUACCUCAUCUUUUGGUUCUUAAUUCAACAACGAGUCAUCAUCAUUUGCCACAAGACGAACCAGCUAGAUUGACACACGAUGCACUUGUUGUGUUUUUGGAACAAAUUGGAAACCAAUCUGCUCCUACCUAUGGCGGGAAUAGUUUUCCUGUUCGAAUGUAUAGAGCAUAUUUUGAAGCCAGAACAACCCUUUCCGAUAUGUGGCAUGGAAAUCCUGUCUUAACUGCUGUAUUAUUCGGAUUACCCUGUGGAUUUCUCGGACUGAUAUGCUACUCCAUAUGCUGUGCUGAUAUUCUAGAUGCCGAUGAAGAAGACAGCGACAAUGAUGACGGCCAUGAAAAGAAAGAAUAAGAGCCA